AUGCCUCAAACACUUAUGAGGGAGAGUAAUCGACGCUUUCUUGUGAAAUGGUUUGAUUCAUUUGUUUGGUUAGAGUAUAGUAAAGAGAAAGAUGCUGCAUUUUGUUUUCAUUGUUAUCUUUUUAAAUGCGACUUUGAUAAACAAGGAAAGGCUGGAAGCGAUGUCUUCACUGAGAAAGGAUAUUCAUUGCGACAAGGUCUUCCUUUUCGUGGCCAUGAUGAAAGCGAAACAUCUAGCAAUAAGGGUAAUUAUGUGGAGCUUUUGCAAUUUCUUGCCGAUCAUGAUGAGAAAGUUCGUGCCGUUGUGUUUGAAAACGCUCCAAGGAAUCUCAAAUAUUCAUUGCGACAAGGUCUUCCUUUUCGUGGCCAUGAUGAAAGCGAAACAUCUAGCAAUAAGGGUAAUUAUGUGGAGCUUUUGCAAUUUCUUGCCGAUGAUGAUGAGAAAGUUCGUGCCGUUGUGUUUGAAAACGCUCCAAGGAAUCUCAAGUAUAUUGCUCCUACAAUUCAAAAAGAUCUUAUCAAUUCUUGUGCCGCUGAAACCAUUGAUGCAAUUAUUAGUGAUAUGGACGAUGCAUUCUUUUCUAUAUUGGUAGAUGAAUCACGUGAUGUUUCAAUAAGAGAGCAAAUGGCAGUGGUGUUGCGUUAUGUGAACAAAAAAGGGCAAGUAAUUGUAAGGCUACGAGGACAGGGGUAUGAUGACGCUAGUAAAGGUGAGCUCAAUGGUCUUAAAACACAGAUUUUGAGAGAAUAUCCUCAAGCAUAUUAUGCCCGUUGUUUUGCACAUCAACUACAACUAGCUCUUGUAGCCGUGGCAAAUGGAAAUGAAAACAUUGCUACUUUCUUCACAACAGCUAAUAGUGUCGUUAAUAUUAUUGGAGCACUGUGUCAGCGUCGUGAUGCACUUAGAGAGCAACAACAACAAGAUAUUAUGGAAACUCUUGAAAUUGAUGGUCUUGAAAUGGGGCGAGGAUUUAUAUUGGGAAUCACAAAUGAUUUGUUAAAAGCAUUACAAAAGAAAGAUCAAGAUAUUGUGAAUGCGAUGAUAUUGGUCCAAAGAUGUAAGCAAAAGCUACAAUCCAUGAGGGAUGAUGACUUUGAUGAUUUGCUCAGGGAAGUAUCAAUAUUUUGUGGUAAAAAUGAUAUUGACGCUCCUAACAUGGAUGAUUUAUUUGUACCACAAGGGAGAUCAAGACGUAAAGCUCAGAAAAUCACAAACCGCCAGUAUUAUCGUGUGGACUUAUUUCUUACUAUCAUUGAUAAGCAACUAGUGGAAUUGAAUAAUCGCUUCACUGAGAUAAAUACUGAAUUGCUUCUUUGUAUGACAUGUUUGAGUCCGGCUUAUAAUUUUGCAGCUUUUGACAAACAGAAAAUACUUCGUUUUGCUAAAUUUUACCCUCAAGAAUUUAAUGACCGAGACCUCAUGAAGCUUGAAGAUUAA